ACUGCAUCAACUUAAGUUUAAACUUCAUUUAAAUAAAGGUGUUUGAAAGGUUAUUCUAUAAAUUCAAAAUGAAUUUCUACAUCGCAUUUAUCAUUACCAUAUUAUUACAAACCGUUUUAUCAUUACCAAAAACGGAACCGAAAAUAAUUCCAGCGAAAAUCGACUCCAGGAAAAACAUAAACGACGUUAAAAUUGGAACAGUACAAAAACCUCCAGAAAAACCUUCAAGUGACUCCAAAAACCGAGAACUUACGAACCGUGGAUAUUUCCACGUGGACAAUUCUGAGGAGUCCAGUUCUGAAACGCACGAAUUGAUACCAGUUCCUGAUAACCUGAAGGGAGUAGACUUAAUUUGUGUCGUAAAAGUCUUGUCAGAACUCGUUUCGUGUCUCAAAACUACCCAACUGUCUGCGAAGGGACCUACGGAGGCAAUCACCGCAGAGGAUUUGCUCGUGCAAAACGGCCAAAUAAUGGCUUGCAUAAUGGCAGCUGCAGCUGGUUUGUCCCAGUGCAUUUCAUUAACCGAGAUGGGACCACACUCGCAAGAAUACGAAUAUGACUCCUCUGAGGUUACUACUCUGCUAUACUCAUCCCGGGAAAAUAUAAAGCGGGACUUUGAUCCCGGAAAAACCUUCACGGGGCCGGAGUCGCGGGAAAAAAUUAGUCAAUGAUAAAACUAACAAAUCCCUGGUUUGCUUGUCAAAUAACAUAGAUAGUAGUAAGACUACCCAGAAUAUUAUAACACAGAAGAAUAUUGGUGCGCUGUUGAGACAUUAGAACAGCUAUACUCAUUACUCAAUCUUCGGUUCGCCGAGCAGCUGGCCCAUCCACCCCCGUCCCCCUCUUCCCAGAGGUAGUAGCGAUAAUGUCUUCUUUCUCCGCGAAAAAUAAUAAAACGGCCUAUAAUACGUAUUUAUUAUUAUUGUUAUGUGUCAAAUUGUUAAUGAAUUCGUCAAUUGUGCAUUUAUUAAUUAAUAAAAUAUACUUAUUUAUUAUUAUUAUUAUUAUGUAAAGAAGGCAAGGAAUUCGUAAUUUUGUAAUAGUAUUUAUUAAUUAAUAAAUUAUGCAUGCUCUAUUAUUGUCUUCAAGUUGUUAAAGUAGGCAAAACAUUAGUAUCUAUCCUGUGGAUUUUCACACAUAAAAUGUACUUAGUUAAAUGUGAUAAUAUUCAAAUAAAUAUUUGAGAAGUUAA